AUGGCCAGUCCUCGCACUCGGAGAGUUCUGAAAGACUUGCGGCCUUUAAACCAGAAUAAUUCUUGUUUUGAAUGUGGAGCUAAUAAUCCUCAGUGGGUGUCUGUCUCAUAUGGAAUAUGGAUUUGUCUGGAUUGCUCUGGUCUUCAUCGUGGACUGGGUGUGCAUCUCAGUUUUGUGCGCUCGGUGACUAUGGAUAAGUGGAAGGACAUAGAAUUAGCAAAGAUGAAAGUCGGAGGGAAUCAGAAAUUCCGUGAGUUUCUCGAAAGUCAACCUGAUUAUCGUGAGGAUUGGUCGCUUCAUGACAAGUACAAUUCUCGUGCUGCUGCUCUGUUCCGAGAUAAGGUCGCCACCGAGGCUGAAGGACGAGAAUGGUCUGCUGCAACGUCCUCAGCGCGCAACUAUGUCCCGUCAACACUUACACCGGGGAACAGACUUGGUGGGGAUAUGUCGCGAGGCUCUUCAGGGACGAGUUUGGGGUCUUACUACGGUGGGAAUACCGUGGCAUACUCGGAUGGAGGAGGUGGCGGUUACAACAGUGGCGGUUCUGUACAGAGCGACGACCGCUACAGAGGGUUUGGAAAUACAGUUAAUCCUCCUGGUGGACAACAAGAUGAUCUUUUAAGUGGGGCCAUGUCUUCUUUAUCUAUGGGUUGGAAUAUGAUUUCGAAAGGAGCUUCACAAGCUGCAGCUAUAGCCAAGGACGUCAGCAUUCAAGCAUCGCAGAAAGCUAGCGAACUCUCAGCACAAAAUAGUGGCCUUCUUUCUGGAGUUGCUAGCAAAGCGACAGAAAUUGGACAGAAGUCUUGGGGUGGCAUAUCCCAGUUUGUGAAGUCGCCAUCUUUACAGGGUCUAGGAAAUAUUUUGCCGAAGACCGGCUAUGAAGAGAUGUCAACACCCACAGAGCAGUCUUCAUGUACAUCUACGAAUAAUAGGAGUAGUUAUGAUUCUAGUGGAAGCAUUGGUUCCUUCGACAAAACUUCUGGGCAUGCGGGAGAUGCAUUCUUCUCUCUUGCAGAAAGUGGGAUUGAGAAAAAGAAAAGCGCUGUGGCAGAGAAGAAAAGAAUCCCAAAAUCUCCUCCUAGCACGCUAACUUCUCCAACAGAAGAACCAACUGUUACGGAAGACUCGACUAUAACGCAGUUUGAGGCAUCAUUCAGCAAAACUCGACCAGUUGCUACUACGAAACCUAAAAAAGCUCCCCAGCCCUCAAAAGAUUGGGAUGAUGACGCUUGGGCUAUUCUCAAUAGCUGA